AGUGUGUUAGCGCGGAUUGUAUGAAAGUUAUGAAAGCAGUUCCAGUUGAGAUGAAAUAUUUCUACCUAGUACUGAUUUGGCAGACGAUUUCAAGCUGGUAAUAUGCGCGUCAGUCUUGUAAACGAAUUUCUACUUCAAGUGGUGAAUUGUUUACUGUCAGUUCAAUGAUAAUUUAUUAACGAGUUGAAACUUUUCUAACCACUUGUAGUAUUCUCAUCGUGGGUCUAGUUGUGUAUUGAAGAGUGCCAACUUCAGAUUAAAAGCCACUUCAGUCGAUUUUGUGGUUAUGACUAAUGAAUGUCUUUGAUGGUGUUUUGAUAAAUUUUUCUUACUUCAGAUGCCAGCUCCUAAAAGGUUACGUGAACUAGUGAGAGAUAUACGAUCUGCUCGGACUGCCGCUGAAGAACGUGCUAUUGUUAAUAGAGAAUGUGCCCUUAUUAGAGAUAGUUUUCGGGAAGAAAACAAUACAUAUAGGUGUCGUAAUGUUGCUAAACUGUUAUACAUCCACAUGUUGGGAUAUCCUGCACACUUUGGCCAGCUCGAGUGUUUAAAACUGGUCGCUUCCUCGCGUUUCACUGAUAAAAGAGUUGGUUAUUUAGGGGCAAUGUUGCUACUAGAUGAACGGACUGAUGUACACCUUUUAGUUACUAAUUCACUCAAAAAUGAUCUGAAUCAUCCAACACCCUAUGUGGUUAGUUUAGCUCUGUGCACUUUGGGGAGUAUAUGUUCUGCUGAAAUGAGUAGAGAUCUAGCUGGAGAAGUUGAACGCUUGAUCAGAUCAUCAAACGCCUAUAUAAAAAAGAAGGCGGCAUUAUGUGCCUUCCAAAUUAUUCGUAAGGUACCUGAUCUAAUGGAGAUGUUCAUACCUUGCACGCGUUCACUUCUAACGGAAAAAAAUCAUGGUGUAUUACUGGCUACUAUCUGUUUGAUUCAAGAAAUGUGUGAACGUAGUCCCGAUACUUUGGGUUAUUUUCGCAAGCAAUUGGUUCCCACAUUAGUACGUACACUGAAGAAUCUCAUAAUGACAGGCUAUUCACCGGAUCACGACGUGAAUAAAAUAAGCGACCCAUUUCUUCAAGUGAAAAUAUUAAGGCUAAUGCGGGUUUUAGGACAUGGUGACAAAACUGCCAGUGAAGCGAUGAAUGAUAUUCUUGCACAAGUGGCCACAAACACGGAGACGAGUAAAAAUGUUGGCCAUGCAAUUCUCUACGAAAUUGUCUUAACUAUUAUGGGAAUCGAAUCAGAUCCUGGACUACGAGUCCUCGCUGUCAACAUUUUGGGUCGAUUUCUGCUGAACACAGACAAAGAUAUACGUUAUGUAGCACUCAACACUUUGCUGCGAGUUGUUCAUGCUGACUCUAAAGCCGUACAAAGACACAGGUUGACAAUCCUGGACUGUUUAAAGGAUCCUGAUGUAUCAAUUCAAAGACGUGCCAUCGACUUGUGCUUUGCUUUAACAAACCACACAAAUGUUUGUGCAAUGGUCAAAGAGCUCUUGCUUUACCUGGAGCGUUGUGAUAAUGAAUUCAAAGGGGAUGUCUGUUCGAACAUUUCAAUUGCAGCGGAGAAAUAUGCUCCUAACAAGAAAUGGCAUACUGAUACUAUGAUGAAGCUACUGACCACUGCUGGAAACUUUGCACGUGACGAUGUUGUCUCCUCUUUGGUUAGCCUAAUCUCCCAGAAUCCUAAUCUACAUGCGUAUGCUACUGUCCAGCUGUUCACCGCUAUGAAGGAGGCUAUGUCCCAGCAACCUUUAGUUCAGGUGGCAUGUUGGACUGUUGGCGAGUAUGGCGACCUGCUUGUCUCACCGGAACCGUCUGAAGAUAAUCCACAUCCAAUAACAGAGGCGGAAUUGAUCAGUGUGUUACAACGCGCCCUUGUCAGUGUAACGUCGACAAUUCAAACUAAACAGAUGAUCAUCAAUGCACUGGUCAAGUUGACUACACGUCUUAGUCCAGCAUAUUUAGAGAAGCUAAGAGAAUUGAUCAAAUUUUACUCUACCAAUGUUAACCUGGAGCUUCAACAACGUUCUGUUGAAUACAAUAAAAUUUGUAGUCAACCUACAAAUAUUCGUAAUGGUUUACUGGAUUGUAUGCCAGUAGUGUCGACAAAAGCAUUGUCGGGAACCUCGAAUCCAGACAGUGAAGGUCGGACAGUAGAUGAAAAUGACACUAAUGGCGGGAUUGGUGGUUUAAACUCAGGAAAUGUAGAAGAUUUAUUGGUCAAUGGAUCAUCGGCUCAAACUCAGUCGCUUACCAUUUUUGAUUUAUUAGGUCCAGAAAAUGAAUCUGACUCUAAAAAUGGAGCGACGAAUACAACGGCAAAUCCUUCUGCCAAUAACACUCACUUGUUGGAUCUGCUUGAUGCAUUCGCUCCAUCUGGAGCUGUGGUACCGCAACACAACAAUACACAAAGCAUUCCUGGACUUCCAAACGAUCUAUUCAGUUCAAAAAAUGGUUUUCCUGCUUCUACAAUUCAGCCUGUUACUCGGACUUCUCUCUUAGACCUCAAUUUUGUCAGCGACUCAUGUGCUGCAGGUGUUACUAAUCAGGUUACACAGGUUCCUCCCCUCACCAUCUACAAUACCGAUGAGGUGAAAAUUGUGUUCAACUUCGAAUCUCCUUCAUCUGCACCAGAUGGGCGUUGUGUGAUUUCGAUUCAGUUGGUGGCAACCACUACAAGCAUCCACCCUGUUAGCUCUUUUGAAUUUCAGGCUGCAGUACCUAAAUCCUGUCAAUUGCAACUGCUUCCACCGUCGUCUAAUGUUAUACUGCCUGGUCCAAAUUCCGUACCGCUGACGCAAAUGUUGAAGGUCACUGUUCCACCGAAGGUUCGCCCGCGCAUGAAGAUUCGUCUACAGUUUAUCAAAAAUGGUGAAUCUAAAAACGAAGAAUUCCAAGUAGAUGAUUUUCCUACUGUUCUCUGGCAAUACUGAUAUUAAAUUAUAUAUAAUAUUCUGUGACUUUUGAGCAGAAAAUUCAUUCCUUAAUUUAAAAAAAAUCUAACCCACCGUAUAUUUGGCGGGGGGUUAGUUUAGUUCUGGCUGUGCUUAAUUAAAAUUGUAUGUUUAUGCACAAACUUUAUUUUAAAAAGAAGACAAACAAACACAAUUUUUCUCCCUUGUUUGUAUAAAAAAUGAUGCUGUGUAUACUUAAAAGACUGUUUAUUUAACAACAACAAUAACAAAAAAAAAUAGCCACAGUGCCUCCAUUCUCACUCCCUUCCUUUUAUCACUUCUGUAAUUGCCUCACUGCAUCGUCUCCUUAAUCUAAUCUACUUUUUUUCUUCCACAUCACAUGUGAUCAUGAUUUCCCGGCACCCACUCCCCUCCCCACGUUCUAAGUGGUGUGGAGAAGCCCUACGUUUAUUCACAUUUGUCGUUUAUAUAUGUGAAGAUUGUUUACUCCGCUUCAUUUUUUCACUGACUCUCUCUCUCUCCCUUUGUCUCCCCCUCUUUCAUAUAAUAAGUAAUUGUUUCCGGGGCUUAUUUUUUGUUAAUUUCUUUCGUCAAGAUCAUGUCUGUUCUGAUCAUGUUUUGUGGUUUUCGGUUUCCUUUUUUUGUUCUUUUGCUCAACAUUUUCAAAUUUAUAUUUUGGUAGUGACACGACACUUGGUGUGUCUGUGAGUUUACGUAUAUGCGUGUACAAAUCUCAUCUCAACAUUCCUGGUGGUAGACUUGAGGUCGUGGGUGUGUGUGUGUGACUGAGAUUUCUCACUUGACUGACUGACCGGCAGCCUAAUUUUUCUGUUUCUGUGUUCAUUAUCAGUCAGAGUGACUGUUUAGGGCGUGUGUGUUUGUGUGUGUCUUCUGAAGCGGAGGGACUUUUCCACCUAAGGUGAUUAUGAUGCUUCCCCAAUAUACAUAUAUAUUAUGCACCGUUGACAUUUUUCCAAGCUUCCAUGAUCUAAUUUUUGUUUUGUAGUGAUGGUAUCAUUCUGUAUGUAAGGUAUUUGCUUUGUUUGUUCGUCCGGUAACCUGUCGAUUGCACACACACACACACACACACACAAAUGAUAGCAGUAUGCGGCGCAAUAAUCAACCAAUCAAGGGGCUAGAUUGCGAGUGAUCUCUCUUAUUUGGUAUUUAGGUAUUUUAGUUGGUCCUACUGAUGGUAAUAUUACUGUUUUUGUUUGCAUACAUAUAUAAUAUCUGAUUUCUAUUCUUCCAGUUACUUUUUUUCUUCUCUAUUAUUAUUACUACUAUUGAUAUUAUUCACAGUAUGCUUAUUUAAGUCACGUGUCUGUUCUCACUGUCUUUAUUAAAAAAAAGAGCACUUUUAGUAAUAAAUUAUACAAUGUGAUAGUUAUUUAUUUAUUUAUAUGUAAAGGUGGUUUUAAUCAUUGACUUUCUUUUAUUAUUUGUCUUACAAAAUACAUCUAUGUGUGUAUGUGGGAGCAGUGUCAUUAUACAUAUAUACUGUACUUUAUGUUUUUUAUCUAUUUAUUUAUUUGAGAAUCCCU